AUGAAUUAUCCAAACUCUUCAAUUCUCCCAUUCAUUGCCUUAUCAUUAUUAUUACUAUCAUCAUGGCUGCCAUGUCGAGCGACAUCACACUCUUCUUCUUUAGUUGAUAAUUUUCUCCGGUGUCUUUCUAACAGAUCUGCUCCGUUGCUCGAAUCAGUUUACACUCGAACUAAUCCCUCUUUCGAAUCCGUUCUUCAAGCUCGCAUCCGAAACCGAAGGUUUUUGACCUAUCAAACACCUAAACCGGUUGCCAUUGUGGCACCCAAACAUGUUUCCCAUGUCCAAGCUACCGUUGUCUGUGCGAAGGAUAAUGGCCUGCAAAUCAGGAUCCGAAGUGGCGGCCAUGAUUUUGAGGGUCUUUCGUAUACAUCGAAUAUCACAUUCCUCGUUCUGGACAUGUUCAAUCUUCAAUCAAUCAAAGUUGAUGUCAAUAAUGAGGUUGCCUAUGUUCAGGCCGGCGUGACACUCGGUGAACUUUACUACAAAAUCGCUUACGAAAGCGGAGUUCAUGCCUUCCCUGCGGGAAUCUGCACUACUCUCGGUGUCGGUGGUCAUUUCACCGGCGGUGGAUACGGGAACAUGAUGAGGAAAUACGGGCUCUCGGUCGAUAAUGUCCUCGACGUUGAGGUUGUUGACAUUACUGGCAAUAUCCUCAACCGAACCACCAUGGGUGAGGAUCUAUUUUGGGCCAUUAGAGGCGGCGGCGGAGAAAGCUUCGCCGUCAUCGUUGCAUGGAAGAUCAAGUUGGUUAGAGUACCGGAGAAAGUGACGGUGUUCAAUGUGCCUUUCACUUUAGAACAAGGCGCAACCGAUGUCGCAUUCAAGUGGCAACAAGUUGCACCUAAACUUGACGAAAACCUCUUCAUAAGACUACAAUCAUCUGUCGUAAACGGCUCUAUAUUAAUCAAUUUCAUCGGUUUCUUCCUAGAAGAAUCCGAUAAACUCAUUCCACUGAUGAACCAAACCUUCCCUGAGUUGAACCUUACCAAAACAGAUUGUAUAGAAACGAGUUGGAUCGAAUCAGUUCUUUACUGGGCCGGUUUCCCGACCGGAACGUCGGUCGUAGCUUUACUAAACACCACACAUGGGACACAGUAUUAUACCAAGAUCAAAUCGGAUUACGUCAAAACCGUGAUUUCCAAACAGGAUUUGGACACGGUAUGGAAGUUGUUGAUUGACUUGGCAAAUAGUACAAGUGCAAGCGUAUCAAUGAAUUGGAAUCCAUAUGGAGGAAAAAUGAGUCAAAUCCCUGAAUCGGACACCCCAUUUCCUCAUAGAUCCGGGAACUUGUUCUUGAUCCAGUAUGUCGUUUACUGGACCGAAGAAGGGUCUAAUGUGACGAACCAUAACAUCGAUAGAGUUCGAUACAUGCAUUAUCAGAUGUCGCCGUUCGUGUCGAAGAUGCCGAGGGAGGCGUUUUUGAAUUACAGAGAUAAUGACAUAGGAAGCACCGCAAGUGACCGGACGAAUAUCGGGGAUGCUCUAAUCUAUGGGCCCAAGUACUUCAAGGACAAUUUCCAAAGGUUGAUGAUGGUUAAAGCUAAGGUGGAUCCUGAUAAUUUCUUCAAGAAUGAACAAAGUAUACCUCCAAUGAUCAAGUGACGUUCAUCCAUGGUUUUAUUCCUACAAUAAAUU